GUGCCAAACAAAACCUCUCACACGCAUUAGUCAAUCGACCAAGUCGUCUCUCGUCAUCUCUCGAGCCCGCGAGCCACCACCGGCUACCGCGCCCUGAGCGCUCUGCCGUCAGCCGCACCUACACCCGGAAAAAGUUCCGAUUUCUUUCUUUGCGACUCAUUACUCGGGCUGGUCCGCCUCUAAUUGCAAUAGUCUGUGCUGAAAGUCAACGUAAUGGAGGAAGUAGAGGAUGAGCAUCAGCUGCAGCAGAUUUCGUCAAACGAUGAUAUUAUCACCAAAGGAACUUCAGUUGUUCAUAGAGAGCCUCCUCAAGAUGAUGGGCCUCCAAAAGUUGAUUCAGAAUUGGAAGUCCUUCAUGAGAAAGUAACUAAGCAAAUCAUCAAGGAAGGCCAUGGCCAAAAGCCAUCAAAAUAUGCAACUUGCUUUUUGCAUUAUAGGGCAUGGACAAAAAGCACCCAGCACAAGUUUGAAGAUACAUGGCAUGAACAACAGCCCCUUGAGUUGGUAAUAGGAAAAGAGAAAAAGGAACUGACUGGGCUGGCUAUUGGCAUUUCGGGCAUGAGAUCCGGUGAACGUGCAUUGCUAAGUGUUGGAUGGGAACUAGCAUAUGGAAAAGAUGGAAGCUUCUCUUUUCCAAAUGUUCCACCUGAGGCCAAUGUUAUGUACGAAGUUGAAUUAAUUGGUUUUGAUGAAACCAAAGAAGGAAAAUCACGGGGUGACAUGACAGUAGAAGAGCGAAUAGGUGCUGCUGAUAGGAGAAAGAUGGAUGGAAAUGCUUUAUUCAAGGAAGAAAAACUUGAGGAGGCAAUGCAACAGUAUGAAAUGGCCAUAGCAUACAUGGGAGAUGACUUCAUGUUUCAAUUGUUUGGUAAAUAUCGGGACAUGGCUUUAGCAGUAAAGAAUCCUUGCCACCUUAACAUUGCACAGUGCUUCUUAAAGCUCAACCGGUAUGAAGAAGCGAUAGGGCAAUGUAGCAUUGUGUUGACUGAAGAUGAAAAUAACGUAAAAGCAUUGUUUAGGAGAGGAAAGGCUAGAGCAGCACUUGGACAGACAGAUGCAGCACGAGAAGACUUCCUUAAAGCACGUAAGUUUGCCCCUGAAGACACAGCUGUUGUACGGCAAUUGGACCAGCUUGCUAAACAUGACAGGGAAGUCUACCAAAAACAGAAGGAACUUUACAAAGGUUUAUUUGGAAAACCCCCUCAGCCCAAGCCCGAGAAGAAGAUGAAGACUAUACUAUUUGUGGUCUGGCAUUGGCUGCUUUCUCUGUUUUAUAGAGUAUUCAAGCGCAAAGGUGAUAAAACCAACUAAAAUUUCAAGAUUUCUCACCAUGACAAUGAAGAACAAUAUAAUUCAGACACCCCCCUCCAGAUAUUUCCUGUUGAACUUCAUACAAUUUUCUUUCUUGUAGUAACUUGUCUCAUGUGCCUGCAUUAACUAAAUUUGAGAUUUGUAGUUUUUCAGCCUUUGUGCUUGGAUGGGUGCUUGUGUUUGCUUCUAUUUUUGAGAAGUGAUUAUUAAUACGUAGUAUCAGUUUUUUUAUUUAUGAAAAGUGAUCUUGAAAAAGUAAAA